GCCCGUUCACAAGCGCGUACCUCCGUGCACCUUCUCGCGAACCACUUCGACUUUGCCGACAGAUUGAGUGAGUGAGUGCGCGUGCAGUGAGUGGAAUGUGCUCGGCCGCAUGAGGAUCCUGCUGAGCGAGCUGGGACUGUCCGGCGCGUGCUUCGGCCUGACCCUGGAGUCGCGCGAAACUUCGCUGGACCCUGAAAAGCCUGCGCCAGGUCAGCGCCCGCACGACGAUACGCGAUCCAAUACUUCUGUGUUUAUUUUCGCUUUCGUUGUGUAGAACCUCUGGGUGUUGUAGACUUUGUGUGGAACUGUCGUGACAAUGGCUAUCGGCUAGAAUGCGAGGUGCGUUGCUGACGCCCUCCAGCCAACACUGCGCCUUUAGACAAUUCCAACACACACGGCCGAGCGCCAUAGAGCCGCGCUCGCCAAGCGCUUUUUCGUCUAACCCUUCCAGCAUGCUACUGCUGCAGACACACAGCAACUACGGUUCGUCCUUCACUGAUUUAUUAUCGCCGCAAUAUCAAGAAGACUCGACUGAAAUUUUAGAAGAAAAUUUAGAUCCAUUUCCAGACGUUGAAUUUCACGCACCUAUUCCUGUUGAAGUUAAGUCACAGCGAACGACGCCUGUAAGCGACCCUUCUUCGCCUACUUUAGGACCAACGCUGCCCAGUUUUGAAGAAACAUACUCAGUUCGCUACCCCAAACAAGAAAUGGCAGAAUUUGGCAUAAAAAUGGAUGAAGAUUGUUACAAUGUUAGCUCAUACGCUCACCAAGGACAUACAUCUACACAAUUGUUAUACCCAUAUCACCAACCGUCAAUUCCCUAUGUACCAUCAACUUAUUACGCACCAGCCCAACCUUGUAGUCCAACAUUUGAUACAGGUGGAAUUAAUCACGCUCAGGAUUCAUAUUCUCUGCCUCCUUUUCCAAGCUCGGUAGACAUUCAUAUAUCUACAGAUCAGUCAAGGCAACGACGAGCAUCGUUGCCGGUACAACGAUCAGAAUCUAGCAGUUCUAAUGAUAGCCCAAAACUACAUGGUGGAAGAGUACACUGCAUGCAAGCAUCAGCGCCUAGUUCCGCUUCAAGUUCUCCUGGGGGAGCUCCUCCAGAAGGAAUAGGGCAACGCGCCGCUCCUUCUUCACCAAGUCAACUAUGUGCCGUAUGUGGCGAUACGGCAGCCUGUCAACACUAUGGUGUUAGAACAUGUGAAGGUUGCAAAGGCUUUUUUAAAAGAACUGUACAAAAAGGCUCUAAAUAUGUUUGUUUAGCCGAAAAAUCAUGUCCUGUUGAUAAAAGAAGACGGAACAGAUGCCAAUUUUGCCGAUUUCAGAAAUGUCUAGCAGUUGGUAUGGUUAAAGAAGUCGUAAGGACAGAUUCUUUAAAAGGAAGACGUGGAAGGUUACCUUCGAAACCAAAAUGUCCUCAAGAAUCACCACCAAGCCCUCCAAUAUCUUUGAUUACGGCCCUUGUUAGAGCACAUGUUGAUACUUCACCUGAUUUUGCAAAUCUUGAUUAUUCACAAUACAAGGAACCAAAUCCAAUGGAACCUCCUAUGUCAGAUUUAGAUGUGAUUCAGCAAUUUUAUUCUCUACUAACAACCUCAAUUGAUAUGAUAAAGGUUUUCGCUGAGAAAGUUCCUGGAUAUGGAGAUUUAUGCCCUGAAGACCGUGAACAAUUAUUUGCAUCAGCCCGACUCGAACUGUUUGUUUUACGACUUGCCUACCGUACUCGCCCUGAAGAUACCAAACUUAUCUUCUGCAAUGGCCUCGUACUUGACAAGAGACAUUGUCAGCGAUCCUUUGGAGACUGGCUGCAUGCUGUGCUCGAUUUCAGUAACACUUUGCACUCCAUGGACAUAGACAUCUCUACAUUCGCCUGUCUUUGUGCACUUACCUUGAUAACAGAGAGACACGGUCUAAAAGAACCCCAUCGUGUGGAGCAACUGCAGAUGAAAAUAAUAGGAUGCCUUCGCGCCCAUAUGCCAGGCGGAGGAAGCGGAAGUGCCAGCGGAGCCCCCCACUUCAGCCGCGUACUUGGCGCCCUACCUGAACUGCGCUCCCUAUCUGUACAGGGACUUCAACGCAUUUUCUACCUGAAACUCGAAGACUUAGUGCAAGCACCACCUCUCAUCGAAAAUAUGUUUCGCGCCAGCCUUCCUUUUUAGGCAGCAACACUUCCCAAGGACCACUCCCGCCUUUAAAAUGCAUUCUCCUGCUAUUUUUAGAACCGACUCCGUUAUUUUUAAGCGUUUAGAUUGAAAAAAUAUUUUUAUAGACUAAUUGGAAGUUUUAUAGAUUACGAUCUCCCACGGAAUCGGUUCGUAUUAAGUAUCAGUUUGAUAUAGAUAAGUAAGCGUAUAAGACAAUCGUAUUGCAUAAGAACUAAGUUAAGCUUAAUUUAUUAUACAUAAAAAAUACUUAUCUAGUUUUGUCAUAUUUGGGUGUGAUUUUGUUUAAUCUUAUAGUAUCGUGUACUUAGUCUGCAUUUGAGUUACCGCUCGUGAUCAAUGGCAUCUUGUCGUACAAAUAUUCCUAUGUUAUUUACUUGCGUAUUAUUUAGAUAAGAAAAAUCUAGUCACAAGACUUAGAAAUGUUAAAAAUAGGCUCGUAAACAUCGGGCUUUAUAUACCUAUAAGUAAAGUUACUUAACGAAUGAUUUAGACAUUUGAUGUCCUGUUAAACUUAAGUGUGAAAGUGCGCGGAACGCGACAGUGUCUGUGACGCGGAUCUCCGCGUGUUGUUACGGCACCAUAGUUAGGCAGGUACCUGCGCGUACCUAGGUGUAGGUACGCAUGUCGGACCGAGCACAUGAUUGUUGGAAGUUACCUUUAGGUUUAAAUUAUUUUAUAAAUAAUUUUAGACGCUAGGACGUUAAUGUAAUUUGUUAUAAUAAAAAAUCGGCUAGAGAAAAAGUUCAGCAUACACUAAUAUAACUCCUAAAUCCAUUGUGUCUUAAAGAGUACCUUCUAGAUAGGUAGUGUAGAAAUUUUCUCGUGUGUGUAUCUUUUUAUAUACUCAUAUACAUAUUAUAUAUGUAAUGAGUACAAAACAUAUCACUUCUAAUAUUUUUUAAUAAAGUUGACUAUACUUUAUAUGCCAAUUGGUAAUGAUAACUUUUAUAUCUGUUGGUAUAUGGAAUAUUAAGUACUUGUAAACAUUAUGAAAUAAAAGUGUUAUGUGCCUGCCCAGUGACUUGUUCAAUUUCUAAAACAAUAUCUAUUUUUUAAUAAAGUCAUGUUCUAUCCUAAAAUUGUAUAUAUUAUAGCUACAAAAAACUUAGUGAUAUUACAAUACAUCGGAACUCACUCAGCAAAUACAGUGAGUUAUAAUAUGUAUAUAUAAAUGAACAGAUACUCCCCUUUAUUAAUUUCUCUACAUUUUGCAACUACAGUUCUGUUUUAACAUUUUUGAUGUUUUUGCGUUUUAAUAUAAGUACCUACAUAAGUGUAGUCAGUAACAAAAAUAACUGAACACCAAUGGACCUUAUUGCAUCACAAUAUGGUUCAAAACUUACAUUGCGUGUUCAGUUUGUUUCGUUGCUUACUAAAUCAUCUAUUGAUUUAAUAAAAUAUUUAGGCUGUAAUCACCACACCGGACCAAUAAUAACAAUCUAGUUAACAUUGUAGGUCUCAGUGUAGGUGUUUAAAUUAUUCAAAUAUACAAUGGAAAUGGCUACAAGUGAUAUCAUUAAUAUAUUUAUCGAUUGGCAUGACAAUGGAAGUCUUAUAGGAGUAGGAAAAAAUAAUAUGUAACUAUUCUUUACAAGAGACGGUUAGAAAAAUGGAUAAAAUCCUUUGAGUAGGUACUAGGUAAAGCGCUGGAUGGCCUUUUCUUCUAUGAUAUAUUAGAUACAAACUUGAAUACUAACUAAAAAGCAAAAAUUGCAAUAUAUAUGUACAUCAUAAUUAUAUGAAUUUAUUUAUAUAGUAAUAUAUAUAAGGAAAGACUGUCUACUCUCGAUUGUAAUCGAUCGAUCAAUUUAGAUAAUUCAUCUAAGUACUUAUAAUGUAGUGUGAAAAUUCCUAAUUUGAAACAUAUUGUUGCUUUUUCUGAAAUUUCCUAUCAGUAAGAAAAGUUAUAACUUUUCUUUAGGAUGUAGAUAAGUAUUAAGGUAUUUAUAAAGAUGCGUGAAAUUUAUAAUUUUAUACAGAAUUGGUCAUAUUUUGAUAUUAUGAUAUUUUGGUAUCAAGUUCUAAAUGCUGGACUUUUUGCUCGAUAGCCAAAAACUCCUUUAUAAUAGUUUUGUAGAUUUAUAAGUUGUAAUCAAAAAUUAUUUCUCGUUACUUUAAACAUAUGACGCAAUCCUAAUUGUUGUACCUAUUGCACUAUAACAUAAUUUUCAGGUUGUGCUUUUUGUAUUGUUACCAUAUACAUAUUUGUGAUGUGUUGAGACUUCAUAAGUUAGUUUGUCAAUCCGUUAAGGAUUCGUAAAUAAAUAAAUAAAUAACAAGAUCCAUAUGAUAGACACCAUCAAUUACGAUUGAAACUUAUCACAAAAUUUUUACUAAUAAUUGAAACAAGAAGCAAAUUCUGCCUACAAAUUUUCAUUUUCUCUCCUAGAAACAAUAAAUGAUCUCCUACUAACAAUUGUAAACAUAUUUUCCAUUGUUAUAUAUGAAUGUUGCAUAAAUAAAAACGUGGUUUGAGUUUUUAAAUUCAUUGAUUGAUUAAUAAUAACGUAAAUCUCACACACAUAAAAUUAUUUCUUGACACUUUUAAAUAAUAUGAAUAACCGAUCAACAAACCAAAUAAAUACCUACUUAAAAGUGGGAUAUAUAAGAUAAAAA